AUGGCAACCGCUGAAGCAAAAAAGCCCAAGGCACCGAAUUGGACUGAAGAGGAAACGCUACAACUGGUGCAGGAGGUCGAGCUGCACAAACAUACCAUAAACAAAAAGUUUUCGAAAGACGUGACAACCCAAACGAAACGCAAAGCGUGGAAAGAGGUCACGCUAGUUUUGAACAGUAGGUUUCCCCACCACCACAGAUCGCAGGCAGGAGGCAAGAAGAGAUGGGACAACGUAUGCACGGGAAUGGGGCGGAGGCAAUACUCCGAAAUUCGAAAAAACAUGAACAAGACAGGUGAAAAGGGCCAGGUUGUAGAUAUACCGCCUGUCAUGUCCGCUGUCCUUGACGUCAUAGGGGCAGAGUCGGCAGGCGUCAUUGGGAUUGCUGGAGGGAUUGAUAGCGCAGAGACUCCAGAGGAACUGCUGUAA